AUGGCCUUGGACCUGAGCGAAGGCUUCGUCCCGGCCAACGGCGGCGUAUCCGACCUAGAAGACCUGCCCAUCUUCACCGUCGAGCGCGUACAGCUUCAAUUCUCGGUGGCGGCGGGCUUCUCGGCCGCCCAGGUGGCCAACAACGUCAUCGUCCUUGCCUUGACCAACGGGCGCAUCCUGCGCAUCGACCUCAACCGACCCGAGGACAUUGACGACAUCGACCUCCCCCGGUCGGGCAAGUCGGCGUCAUCGACAGAUCACCAAGGUGGAGCCGGAGGUGGAGUCAUCCGCCGCAUGUUCCUCGAUCCCACGGCCUCUCACCUGAUCGUCUGCACCGUCUCCGGGGAGAACUACUACCUUCACUCGCAGUCCAGGCAGCCGCGUCCGCUGAGCAGGCUGCGCGGCGUGCCGAUCGAGAGCGUGGCGUGGAACCCGGAGCUGCCCACGGCGUCGACGCGCGAGAUACUCCUCGGCGCUGCGGACGGCAACAUCUACGAGGCCAGCAUCGAGACGUCGACCGACUUCUACAAGAAGGAGGUGAAGCAGCUCAAGAAUCUGCACCGCUUGCCGGACGGCCCCGUUACGGGGCUGUGGGUGGAUAAUCUGCCCGGGGGCAGCGGCGGCGACGUCCGGAGGAGGGUCCUCAUCGCCACGCAUGGACGGCUGUUCCAUCUUUCGGGCAAGGUUGGCCCGUCGCGCGACGGGUCAGGGUCGAUAUACACUCGCCUAUUUGAGGGGGAGCAGCCUGUUGUUCACGAGCUGUCGCGGUCAUCGUCGUCGUCGUCGUCGACUGCGGCUGCCGGACACUCGUCCUCGCUCGCUGUGUCUCCCGACCCCCCGGUUGAUGCUGACGAUGCUCGCGGCUCGCAUCCGCUCGAGCGCGCGUACGCGUGGCUCACCGCCCAGGGCGUCUUUCACGGGAAGCUCCUUCUCGGUGCGGCGGAGGACGGCAGCAGCGGGAACGGCAGCGACAACCUGGGUGCCAGGGUCUUUUCCGAGUCCAAGAUGCUGCCUCGGGCGCAGAUUGUCGCGCCUGAAGGGCCGGAGAGACGCGGCGGCGGCGGCAGGACGGCCCCCCCGUCGGAGGCCAUCGAGGCCAUCGCCCUGACGCAGUGGCACAUGAUCAGCCUGGUGGGGGGGAGGGUGGUGGCGACCAACCGGCUGACGGGCCAGGUGGUCUCGGAGCACGACGUGCUGGGCGCGGGCCAGCAGACGGUCGGCUUCUCGGUGGACCUGCAGAAGAACACGUUCUGGCUGUUCACGUCGGAUGAGAUCUUCGAGAUUGUCGUGCGCGACGAGGACCGCAACAUCUGGGAGAUCUUGAUGAAGCAGCGCCAGUUCGAGCCGGCGCUGCGGCACGCGCGCACCCAGUCGCAGAAGGAGACGGUGGCCGCCGCCUACGGGGACCACCUGGCCGGGGGCGGGCACUGGGGCGAGGCGGCCGUCGUGUACGGCCGGAGCAACAAGCCGUUCGAGGACAUCGCACUCGGCAUCAUGGACAGCGGCCAGCCCGACGCGCUGCGGCGCUUCCUCCUCACCAGGCUGGCGGCCACGUCCAAGUCGUCGGUCAUGCAGCGCAUGAUGCUGGCCGGGUGGCUGGUGGAGGUGUUCAUGGCCAAGCUCAACUCCCUCGACGACGCCAUCGGCAUCGGCGCGCAGGCCGAGAUGGCGGCGGCGCCCGGCGGCGCGGGCGGCAGCAACGGCAACAGCAGCAACGAGUCGCGCAAGCUCCUGGGCCAGGUCCGGGGCGAGUUCCGGGAAUUCGUCACGCGGUACAGGGCAGACCUGGACGUGCGGACGGCCUACGACGUCAUCAGCAGCCACGGGCGCGAGGAGGAGCUCCUGUACUUUGCCGACGCGGUGGGCGACUACAACUACGUGCUGUCGUACUGGGUGCAGCGGGAGCGGUGGGCGGAGGCGCUCGGGGUGCUCAAGCGGCAGACGGACCGCGACGUCUUCUACCGGUACAGCAGCGUGCUCAUGACGCACGUGCCGCAGGAGACGGUCGAGGUGCUGAUGCGGCACCCGGACCUGGAGCCGCGCAGGCUCAUCCCGGCGCUGCUGGAGUACAACGCUGCCUUCUCGGGCGGGCCGACGUCGCAGAACCAGGCGAUCCGCUACCUCAACUACCUCGUGUACCAGGUCGACAGCCGGGACCCGGCGGUGCACAACACGCUCGUGUCAAUGUACGCGUCGCACCCGUCGCGGGACGAGUCCGGCCUGCUGUCGUACCUGCAAGCGCAGGGCGACAACGACAGCAGCAACGCCAACGCCAACGUCAACGCCAAAGGCGGCGGCGGUGGCGGCCCCGACGUACGUUACGACCCGGACUUUGCGCUGCGCCUGUGCAUCCAGCACCACCGCACGCUGUCGUGCGUGCACAUCUACACGAGCAUGGGGCAGUACCUCCAGGCGGUGGACCUGGCCCUGUCGCACAACGAGGUGGACCUGGCGGCGGUGAUAGCGGACCGGCCGACGUCGAACCCGACGCUGCGGAAGCGGCUGUGGCUGGCGGUGGCGCGCAAGGUGAUAUCGCAGACGGGCGACGGGAUCCGCACGGCCAUCGAGUUCGCGGGCCGGUGCGAGCUGAUCCGGAUCGAGGACCUGAUACCCUUCUUCCCCGACUUUGUGGUGAUUGACGACUUCAAGGAGGAGAUCUGCUCGGCGCUGGAGGAGUACAGCCGGAGCAUCGACCGGCUGAGGCGCGACAUGGACGAGUCGUCGGCCACGGCGGCCAACAUCAAGCUCGACAUCGCGGCGCUGGACCACCGGUACGCCCUGGUGACGCCGGGGGAGAGGUGCUACGCCUGCGGGCUGCCGCUGGUCAGCAGGCAGUUCUUCGUCUUCCCCUGCCAGCACUCGUUCCACUCGGACUGCCUGGGCAAGAGGGUGCUCGAGCAGUCGGGCGUGGCCAAGUCGUCGAGGAUGAGGGAUCUGCAGAUGCAGAUUCACAGGGGGACCGUGACGCAGGGGGACAAGAGGGAUGCUGUCGUUGCCGAGCUGGAUUCCCUGGUUGCAUCUGCUUGCAUCCUCUGCUCUGAUCUCGCCAUCAAGAGAAUCGACGAACCGUUCAUCACCAGCAAUGACAAUCUCGAAGAAUGGACUGUCUAA